AUGAGAUUGUCUAGUUUAACUUUUCAUGCAAAUUUGGAUUAUGUUAAAGCUACAACUGAUAUGAUAAGUCAUUUGUAUCUCAUUAAUUUGAUUUGGUGGUAUUGUAAACAAAACGAGAUGAUAGUGGUCUACGAUUUCAUGGGUCGUGGCACCCUAAGCGAUCAUCUCUACAACACGGAUAAUCCCCCUCUCUCGUGGAAGCAGCGCUUGCAGAUAUGCAUCGGCGCAGCGCGUGGGCUGCACUAUCUCCACACAGGCGGGAAGCACACGAUCAUCCACCGCAAUGUCAAAACGACGAACAUCUUGUUAGAUGAUAAGUGGGUGGCGAAGGUUUCAGACUUUGGUCUUUCAAGAAUUGGGCCUACAGACACAGACAAGUCCCACGUGAGUACCCAUGUGAAGGGAAGCUUUGGCUACAUAGAUCCCGAGUAUUACAAACGAUUUCGCUUAACGGAAAAGUCUGAUGUUUACUCGUUCGGGGUUGUGCUCUUUGAGAUACUGUGUGGUCGUCCAGCUUUGAUUCACAGUGCGGAGACGCAGCAGGUGUCGCUUUCUAAUUGGGUGAAACAUUGUGAUCGAAAUGGGACCAUAGCAGAGAUUGUAGAGCCCGCGUUGAAGAAGAAGAUUGCACCAGAGUGCCUGAAGAAGUUUUGUGAGAUUGGGAUGAGUUGCUUAUUGGAAGAUGGAACGCAGCGGCCGUGCAUGAAGGAUGUGGUUGCAAUGCUGGAGUUUACGCUCCGGCUACAAGAAAGUGCAGAGCAAACGGCAAUUGAAAAAGGAGAGGAAAUUAGUGAGGAUAGCUUUUCUACUACUAACUUGAAUGUGACUACUACGACCAAUUCCACCAGUGAAGGCAAUGGCUACAGUAAUAAUACGGUGUUGUCUUGGACCCCUUUCUUGGAGAUUAUGGAUGGAUCCACAGCCGCGCUGACCCAAUCCAUUAAACGCAGACCUCUCACAGGGAUAAUAAAAAACAAAAGAUGGUGGGAUUACGUACUAAGGUUAGACUUCGCCAUUAUGAAAGAAAAUCAAUUAUACAAAGUUUUGUAUAUUUAUACAAAUAUUUAA